AUGAGCGAAUUCGUUAAACAAUUUAAAGUAUAUAAAGCAGAUUUUGAUAAGAUUACGAAACGCAUUUUACAAAAUAGACCGUUGUCUUCGAAUGCGAAAAAAUUUAACGAAUACAAAUAUUCGCUCAUCACAGCUUACAAUAAUAUUUUAUUACUAGUUAUUGGUAAUAGUUCGGCCCAUACCUGUAAUCUCAAAGAAGUCCAAGUUAAAUUAGCUCGUUGCAAGGAACAGUUAGCAAAGUGCUUUAAUAAACUGAAUUGUCGCGUUAGGAUUCCACCUGAUAGCUUAUCGCUAAUUUGCCAAUCAGACUUAGCUGACUCUGAGUCAGAAGAAGAAUUUAGUGACGCCAAGUCAGAAGCUUCGGUACAAUUCAGUCUUAAAAGAAGUACUUCACUUUCAUCCUUUAAAGAUCUGCUAACAAUAUCCGACGAGCCGUCAACAGCUACCAGUUCACCAAAUAUUUCUAAAUUUUUUCAAGAAUUUUUAGACAUGGCUACCCCUGAACAGAAAAAAUCGUUUAUUAGUCUUUGUGCCUCAAUCAUUAGGGAAAAUUACAACGGAGAUCCGCUAGCACUUGAAUCGUUUAUAGACAAAAGUAAUUUAAUUGAAGAUUUUGCAGACGAAAACUUAAAUACGACUUUUAUAUCAUUUUUGAAAUCGAAACUCGAAGGCAAGGCACGUGAAGCAAUUCCAACAGAAGUUAGUUCAGUUGGGCAAAUAAAAGAUGCGUUGAGAAAUAGAAUAAAGCCAGACACCUCGAAAGUUGUAGCUGGGAAAAUUGCAUCUUUACAUGUCAUAAACAACAAUUAUACGGAAUUUGCUAAGCGUGUCGAGGAGCUUUCGGAUGCUUUAGAGCGCUCUUUGAUCAUUGAAGGUAUGACACAGUCUAAGGCUCAUAAAAUAGCAGUCGAGCAAACAGUAAACGUUUGUAGACUCAAUACUCGGUCGGAUUUGGUCAAAUCAAUUUUAUCGUCAACUACCUUCAGUGAUUCAAAGGACGUAGUAGCAAAAAUGAUAGUCGGACAAAAUAAUCAAGUGAAAGAGCGCCAAGUGUUAGCGUUUCGAUCCCGAGUAAAUAGGCCAAAUAGCUUUAGAGGUAGUUUCAGAGGGUACAAUAAUAACGCUGAUAACAGUAGGUACAGCAACAAUGGUUCAAGGCAUUACGGUAACAAUUUCAACAAUAAUAGGAAUCGGUCAUCAAACAACAAUCGAAACAAUAACAGCAACAAUAAUAGUAAUAGACGUCCAAAUUCACGCAGUAAUGCUAAUGUGCGCGCUUUAAACGCCCACGCCCCUCAGGAGCGAACACUGAGGGCGGAAAAAAUGGACAACUAA